GACUUUGCCAAGCUGGACCUCGGCCGGACCGCGCGCACGGGCCUACCUGAGGUCGUAUGGGGCCCGGGAAAGACCCCAGAGCAGAUAGCGAAGAUCAUGCUCGCGCUGCGCGACCGCCAGUCCGCGGUCAUGGCGACGCGCGUCGACCCCGAGGUAUACGAAAGGAUCCGCGCGAUCGAACCUUCGAUAGAAUACGACGCCUUCGCGCGCGUGUGCACGCUCGCGGGCGCACCCGAUGCCCCACCCACGCCCGUGGUCCGCGGCAUCCUCGCAGUGCUCACCGCGGGAACCGCCGACCUCGCCGUCGCCGAGGAAGCGGCGAUCACCGCUCGGCUCAUGGGCGUCGAGGACGUCCGGCUCAUCGCCGACGUCGGCGUGGCGGGGCUUCAGCGACUGCUGUCGCGGCUGGACGAGGUGCGAGAGGCGGACGUGGUGAUGGUCGUCGCGGGAAUGGACGGCGCUCUGCCGAGCGUGUGCGCCGGGCUGGUGGACGCUCCCGUCAUCGCGGUGCCCACCAGCGUCGGAUACGGCGCCGCGAUGGGAGGUUUAAGUCCGCUCAUGGCAACGCUCAACUCGUGCGCGACGGGGGUGACGGUGGUGAACAUCGACAACGGGUUCGGUGCGACGAUGUCGGCGAUCAAGAUGCUUCGAGCAGCGGAGCGA